UGUAUUUUAAUUAUUUCCUGACCAUUGUUGGCAAAAGCAAUUUUUCUUAUAAUUGAGACAAUUUGCUGUGGAACAAAAUACCAGACGAUUUUAAUUUAGCUCUGCUCGGGGUGUAUUUCGUCUGUUGCGAAACGAUUUCAAAAAGACAAGAACAAAGCAAACUUGCAAACAUAACAAUUUACUUUAAUUAAACUGUGCGGAGAGUGUGUCAAGGCAAUGUCUAAUUGCGACAAUUUUUGCAUAGAUAAUUCGAAUGUAAAGUGCGUGGGUCUACUGCUUCCCAGAAGUAGAGGCCACUUCUUCCGGCACGGUCGGCGUUUAGUCGGCAAGGUUUCUCUUCUUCUAUGUGCUUGCGUGCAUCGCCACUGCGCGGCGCUUCCAUCGAAAGCUCUAAAGCGCUGUCGCCGAUGCCAUGAUGAAGUCCAGUGACAAAAUGGCAAUGGAAUGUUGGUUCUUGUGCGUAAUUUUAUGAUAGCUUAUUUUCGUUGUACUAUGUGUGUGCGGUGUGUUCGUUGAAUGAAAAUGUGCGCAACGACGAGCGCUUUGCAACGGUGAGUGUUGGACGAUACGCACGGGCCGUGAUCGGCUACGAAAUGGAAGGAAUCACACGCUCAUGAGUAAUAUUUUAACAAUAGGAGUGCUUUGUGUAUGUGGACGGUGCGUUCGGUGUGUGCGUGCGGGCGUGCGAGUGUAUGCGGCGUGUAUGUGAAUGCCGUGUGGGGAGGUGUGUGUAUCCAAGGUAUUCGCUGUAUUGUUGACUGGUAUGAAGCGUAAGAAGAGAUCACAGGUCAACUGCUGAUUGAAAUUUGGAAGCACUUCUGGAGUUUGACUGUGGAGGCAGAGGAGUGAAGAUGCGUUGGAAUAAAAUGUUGGGUAUGGCUCCCAGCGCGCUCCUGUUCGUCCUGUCGCUGUGCAUGGAUGCAGUACUGGCGACGAUGCCGGGCAGCGCAAAGCACAAUACCAUCCACUGGAACUCCUCGAACCAUUUUCGCAUCGAUAACACAGAUAACGUUAUCGAUGUGAAUCGCAACAAUAACAAAUUUGAGUACGACCAGGUGGACCUCAUUUGCCCGGUGUACACGCCUGGUGCCAAGGAGGAGGACAUGGAAAAGUACAUUAUCUAUAACGUCUCUAAGGACGAAUUUGAGACGUGCCGCAUUACAAAUGCCAAUCCGCGCAUCAUUGCCGUCUGCGAUAAACCGUACAAACUGAUGUACUUCACUAUCACCUUCCGGCCGUUUACGCCACAGCCGGGUGGGCUGGAGUUCUCGCCCGGCCAUGACUACUAUUUCAUAUCUACGUCCACCGGCGACGACCUGCAUCGACGCAUCGGGGGCCGCUGCACUACACACAACAUGAAGAUCGUUUUCAAAGUGUGGGCGCCGACAGCCGAGACGACGACGCGACCACCUACCAGCUAUUCGAAGCCAUUGUGGUCGUCGGUGAUACCACAUCAGCGUACUACACCACUGCCACCACCUGCACCAGCCGCCAUUACGACAACCACUACGCGCAAGCCACCAACUGGCGUUCAUCGGUUCACCACUAAGAAGGUGAAAGCGUACGACAAGCAUCCCAACGAGGUGGUGAAAAGUGAGGAACUCACGCUGGCGGCCGCGAGUUUUCAAUUAAACGUAGUGCUCUUAAUCGCGAUCUUUCCGGUGCUGCUGGCGGUGCGAUGAAGCUCGUCCGGCGAGGACAACCGACUGUACAGAAUUACGUUUACGACUAACUUUGACGUCGCGUUUCCGUAAGGCAACUAAAUGAUAGACGACUAAAAAAGCGCGCGCGUCGCGACGCUAGUCACGGUGCACGCAAUCUGCACAAAAGACACUUCCGAGUGCGUCGUUCGAGUGAACAAGGACCAAGAAACCCCUUUAAAUUAUUAGUAAAAGUAUAUAAUGUGUACAUGUUUAUUUAGUAGAAAUCAGAGAUGAUGGUGGAGUAUCGUAAGCGGCGUUAAAUAUUAUUUUAAGGUACACGUAAUCAAUCGAAUUGCGCUAGCGAUAACGAACGAACGGACUAACUCAUUUCUUUAUUGCUGAAAUCGAUUCUCAUUCAAACUGAAAGAAGACUGAAAUUAGUUUUUAUUAUGUUAACGAGCGGGACACGGAGGUGGUGGAUGCAUUUGAACCGACUUAAAACACACAUUCUUACUAAACUAUAAUGAAAACAAAUCACGUAUUGCUACGAAUACGAACGCUACGUAAAAUAUUAUUCUAGUUCCACACAUAGAGAUCGUUUCCAUAAUUCCAGUAAUUGUUGCACCUAUCAUCAUGUCAUUUGUAUGUUUGUAUGUUAACUUAUCUUGCGAACAACCCUCUUAAAUGAACCAGCGAUUUAUGUAACAUUUAUUUAUGUAACUGUAAAUGUACAUAAUUGCAUAUUGCGGGGAAUUAACCAACACACCCACAUACAAUGUCUAAGCGUGAAAACUUGGAAUGGAGUGUGCUGGAGUUAUUUUUUUCUCGUAAGAAUUUAAAAACAAGAUGGCACAUGAGAUUGGCCACGAACAGCACGAAGGUGAUAUCAGGUCUAUCGAAUGAAGGCAACCGGUCUUGUAACAUUUGCUUGUUGUCGUUAAGUGACUUGGUUUUACUCAAUGAUUUUCUUUACUUGUAGGUAUCACCGUUUUUCAUUACAUAGUUAGCUCCAAUCACACAACUUUACGCAACACUCAAAUUACUCACUGGUAACUUUAAUAUUUUGUGAUGUGUCGCAAUUCUACGAAAUAAGCUUUAAUAAUUGAAGAUGUGAGAGUUUAGAAAUCACAGAGACACGUCACAAACUGAAUUUGUUUCACUUUAACUACAUUUUCGUCCAAUUGAAGAGAUAAUUUGUACAAACUACUUAGUAUCUUUUUUACAUUAAUAUUUUGAUUUGAUUUCGAAGCACGAGUCCUGUAAAUAUAGUUAACUUAUUUUAGUUCUUGCCACUACGAGAUGAAGAUCAAUGUGAUCAACGCACUUUUAGUUUAUGUUAACACUUUUGCAAAAGAAAGCAAAAAAUUGAUGUAAAUAGUACUUUUAAUCACACACACACCCAGCACACAUUCACAUAAAAGUUCGAAAUUUCCAAAUGUUCUAACGCCCCACAUGAUAAUGCCACGAAAAACAUAUUCGUAGAAAAUGCAUCAGAAAGUGACAGGAUACACAACCACACACUCUUACGUAUUGAGUACAUGGCAUAUAUUUUUAAUAAUACAUUAUCUACCUUCAUUAACAUUAUACUUGCGAUACCAACACAUGAAAGCGAUGCGCAAGCAAUUGGAAACUAUUAAUUGAAUUAAAAUGUGCGGGGUUUAUUUUUAAUACGUUGUAAAUUUGAUGUUGGAGAACAAUAACGAACCCCCCGAUGACAUACACUCAUUUAAACGAUAUUUGAAGUAAUUACUCACGAUUACGACGAUGAGGCAGGAAAUGAAAAAAAAAAUGAAGCAGAAAAAGGUGAAGAAAUUACGAUAUAUAAAUAUAUAUAUUAUAUAUAAUUUAUUAUCUAUGAAAAGUGUUACUAUAAUAAUGAAUUGUGUAUGUUAUGUCAGUGUACAUACAUAAUCGAAUUAAAUGCGAAGAUUGGUUCGAGGAAGAAAAAAGAAAAACGCAAAAAUAAAACUAAUAAUAAACAAAGUGUCGGUCCGUAGAUGUGUACAACGUCUUGUCGUUCAUAAGCCACGCACUUGAUGACGGCAAUUAGUUAAUAAUAUUUAUACAUAUAAAAGAAGUACGAUAAAUAUUUAAUAAUACAAUUGCCUAAAUAAGUAUAAUUGAUGAAACAAAAAGGAAACCAGUUACGAUGAUAUUUAAGCCAUCCGGAUGUUCUUGACCUGUUGUUUUUAUUAUUAUUUUGAAACAAAACACAAAGCAACUGCCGCGCGUACAACGGGGAGGACUUUAUGUUUAUGAUAUUGACAUUGAACGAAAACCAAGUCUGAUUUUUUGUAACCUAUUUUUUUAUUUUUAUAAUUUAUUUUUAUUGCAAUAUAUUAUACUAUCUAUCAUGUGUAAUUAAACGUUUAGUUGUAUA